AAAAAUUUUUUUUUUGGAGAGAGAGAAAGAGAGAGAGCAAGUUUAAAGAGAGAUAAAGGGGGCCUCUUAUAGAUUUUGCUCGCAAAGCCAAAACCAAAGCUCCCUCGCUCUGAUUUGCAGAGAAAAUCCAAAGGACAAAUUAACCAGCCUAUAGAGAAACAGAGAGGAAAAAAAAAAUUUUAACGAAGAAACACGAGAACGCGAAGAACAACAACAGCAAAUCAAAGGAACAACAACUGAAAAAAAAAAAAAAGAAAAGAAAGAGAAAAGAGAUAGUGUAUUAAUUUUUUGACGGAAAGAGAUUCAUUUCAUUUUUUUCUUCUUCUUAUCCAAUCAGUAGAAUUUGUUAAUCUUGGCUGCGUUAUGUUUUGAGGGGAGAAAUAAAAUUUGUGGUUGUUACAGUGAUUUGAAAAUUCCCAUUGUUAUUUUUGGGGAUUUUCCCGUCUGAAGUCGGGAGGGGGUCCUAAAGAGUCAUGUUGGAGAACCGGUGCUGCAAGUCCUGUUUGGUGUUUGCAAGCUCUUGUCAGGAAGAAAGGAAGUGGGCUUACAUGUACAAUGGGAAGCGCCCACGGGAAUUCUCCGAAUCCGAUGGUUGUCAGGAAACCAAGUUGUCGAAGCUAUCUUCUGAUGAUUCCUCGAGUGACGAUAAUAAUUCUAAUGCUUCUUCUCCACAAGACUCAGGUGACUUUCUCUUGCCAGGUUCUCAUGGCCAAUCCGGUGAUGAUAGUAAGCGAUCUGAUUCUUCCUCGGAUACAGACUCUUCUCUUAUCCACCACUGCUCCAUUGGUCUAGACAAACCGGAUUUGGUUAACCAAUCAGACAGUGACAGCCUGUCGGAUUCUGUGGAGGAGUCACCAGAGGAACAGUCUGAGGAUGAUGGUGAAAAUGAUGAUAGCAGCUUUUCUGAUUCUCCCAGGGAUGGUCAUCGGAGUCAUGCUGGGGAUUCUUCGUCAGACUUGGAUGCAUUAAUCCAACCAAUUGGGAGAGAUAAUUCCAUCAGUUGUCUGAUUAGGUGCUCGAGGUCUGAUUAUGGUUCCAUUGCCUCAUUGAAUCGGAGUUUUCGCUCCUUAAUCAGGAGCGGGGAGAUCUAUAAGUUGAGGAGGCAGAACGGUGUUGUUGAGCAUUGGGUUUACUUUUCUUGUCACCUCCUUCAAUGGGAGGCAUUUGAUCCAAUUAGGCAUAGGUGGAUGCAUUUGCCAAGGAUGCCUCCCAAUGAAUGUUUCAUUUUCUCGGAUAAGGAGUCCUUGGCUGUUGGAACUGAAUUGCUUGUAUUUGGGAAGGAGGUAACUUCCCAGGUUAUAUAUAGGUAUAGUAUUCUGACGAACUCAUGGACUACUGGGACCAGUAUGAAUGCUCCGAGGUGCUUGUUUGGAUCGGCUAGUCUUGGAGAAAUUGCAAUUUUAGCUGGUGGUUGUGACUCUCAGGGUAAUAUCCUGAGCUCUGCAGAAAUGUACAAUUCUGAGACUCAGAAAUGGGAGACUCUCCCAAGCAUGAAUAAGCCAAGGAAGAUGUGUAGUGGUGUAUUUAUGGAUAAGAAAUUUUACGUGAUUGGAGGAAUUGGUGGAGCUGGGAAGGAUGCACGGGUUCUCACUUGUGGUGAGGAGUAUGAUUUAGAGACAAAAAAGUGGACUGAAAUUCCCAAUAUGUCUCCUGGAAGAAGUGGAGCGGCCGCAGAGAUGCCUGCGGCAGCUGUGGCACCCCCUCUGGUUGCAGUUGUUAAUAAUGAACUGUAUGCUGCUGAUCAUGCUGGCAUGGAGGUAAAGAAGUAUGAUAAGGAGGGGAACUCAUGGUUGACUAUUGGAAGAUUGCCAGAAAGAGCAGUUUCGAUGAAUGGUUGGGGGCUUGCGUUCAGAGCAUGUGGAGAUCGCCUUAUAGUGAUUGGUGGACCUAGGGCUUUAGGUGAAGGUUUUAUUGAGAUCAAUUCAUGGGUUCCGAGCGAAAGGCCUCCCCAAUGGAACUUGCUUGCCAGAAAGCAGUUGGGUAACUUUGUGUAUAAUUGUGCUGUGAUGGGAUGCUAGAGAGAUAGAAUUUGGUGGCAUCUCGUGCGGUUGAAUGGUGCUGCGCUGCCACUGGGGUUUGCACCAUCGGUUUUUCCUUAAACACACAACUCUGAGUUUUUACUAAUGGUAAUUUCCCCUUUCUUUUUUACAUCUUUACCCUUUUGGAUGGGGGAUGAUGGGGAAGAUUUCAGAUUACUCAAGAUUCAAUAGAAUGUUUUAUUGAUAGGGGUGUCUUGAGUUUUUAUUUCUUUUUCCAAACUUUCAUUCAAAAUUUCUUCGAUUAAAUUUGUCUUCCCCCGUUUUCAGUGACAUGAGAACUUGCAAAGGCUGGCGUCAUUAGCACAGGAAUAGGUUUAAUAAUUUGAAGUACCAACACAUUGGUAGGUUGCCAUUAGAGUUUGUUGAAAGCUUUUUAAGAACACAGAACUAGUCAUAUGGGUUUCUUCUUCCUUAAUUUUCUUGGAAUUGUCUUCAAGGGAGGAAAUAAGUUCCGGAGGCUGUUAUCUUAGAUGUUGGCUGAUGUACUGAUUACAUUGAUCAUUACAAUUGAUGAACUAUAUACUCCCAGAAAUUUUCUUAUGUACACUUUGGAAUCCUUCAUUGUUUUUAGUUUCUUUUGUUCA